GCCCACAAAGCCUAAAAUGCUGUCUAAGUAGACAGCUAUCUUGGGUUUUAAGACACAGCCAUUGUGACAAGCGCAAAUAAAUGCGUUAUACGCGCAUUAUUUCUGAGUGAGUGUUUUGGAUUCGUUUGAAAUCUUGCGUCUCCGGACGGAAAGGACGGAUAUAAAUUGUCGUGAAAGGACAUUAGAGAGCUGUAUAACCGGAAUAACAAAAGCCAGGAGUUUGUAGUUUGCAGUCAUGCAGAAGACAGGGACGGCCCCAUCUUCCCGGGGUCCUAGCGCACCUGGCUCGCCAGCCACCUCUAUUGUGGCAAGAAUGGACAAUCAGGUCAUUGGAUAUAAGGACUUGGCAGCCAUUCCCAAAGACAAAGCCAUACUUGAGGUAGAAAGGCCGGAUCUGAUGGUGUACGAGCCGCAUUUCAACAUCGCAGCACUGAGUCGUACGGGGCUCCCGAAAAGCAGAGAGAGAUCAAUGUCACCUCAUUCAAUCUCACCCCCUCCUUCUCCUGAGAUAUUUGCCACAAAAGAGCCGGAGCAGGGGUCUCCAGGCGGAUCUACGGGCUCUACGGUGCAGCCUCGUAAGAUAAGUCCUGCAUCCAAAGGCCCGCUGCAGCAUUUCCACAGGCCAGACAAUGGCUCAAAUAUGUAUAAGAAGCCUCCAAUUUACAAACAUGAUGCAAAUACUGGAGCAUCUCAAAGCAAACAUGACACCAUUAUCGAGUCGUCCAAAUUCCCAGCAGCUCAGCCGCCUGAUCCCAACCUGCCCUCAAAGAUAGAGACAGAGUACUGGCCGUGUCCACCUUCUUUAGCCACUAUGGAAAUUGAAUGGAGGAAGAAAGCAGCCGAGCAGGGAAAACCAAUCGAGGACGAUGACUUUGAGGACCUGACAGAAGAUGCAAAGAGACUCCAGGAGCAGGAAAUUGAGAAGAUACAGUCCAACAUGGGCAAAUUAAUCCUCAAGGAGGAGAAAGAGAAAUCAGAGCUCAUCCGUAGAAAAACACGUUCACUGCCGGAUGGGACAAACAUUCACUUGGGUUACACAUCCAGUACUACCAAAUCUGCAUCUUUACCCCCCUGCAGUCGAACAGGCCUCACAAGGCUGCAGUCGGCAGACUUUACCUCUACAGAGAAUGGAAAAGCAAAAACAGGUGUACAGAACGGUGAAUCAGAGAGUGGGCGAAUGGACCGAGGAAACUCUCUUCCUAGUAUUCUGGAGCAAAAGAUAUAUCCAUAUGAAAUGCUGAUUGUGACACACAGAGGGCGCUCUAAACUUCCACCAGGAGUUGACAGGACCAGAUUAGAGAGACACCUGUCUCCAGAGGAAUUUCAGACUUUAUUUGAAAUGACCAUCACAGAAUUCGAUCGUCUGUCACUUUGGAAACGGAAUGACCUGAAGAAAAAAGUGUCCCUUUUCUAACAUGUGGACAUUUGGACUCGGACACUCAAAACUCUCCAUACCGAGAGACCAAUAAUAUCCAUGCUAAUCUAAUACGGAUGCUAUGCAGACAUGUCAAGAUAAGCAAGUGAGAUGAUAUCACAUUACCAAAUGUUAUUUCAACCACAUUCACAACAGUAUAAGGCGUAAAUAACAAGCAGGAUGAGGAUUCUUCCCAUCAAGUCUGAAAACAUGGAUUCUCAUGGAAUUCCAUAAUGAAUAUUCCAACUCCCUCUUUACGCUUAACAUCAAUACAAUUCAAAUCUUAAAAGUGCCCAGAGAAAUUUAUAAUAUAGGCCUAUAUAUUUACACAAAGAUUUAAUUAACCAUCAUUUUUCUAUGUGGUUACUGAUAUUUCACUUCAAUGUGUAACUUAAUUUAUUGUAUCCCACACAUGUAUGGUGAUGUACAUAUAUCAUAUUGUUUUUAUUUAUUGUUAGUGUUUAUAUGUAAAAAAAGAAAGAUCACUACAUUGACAUUUCUAACAUUAGAACCAAAUGUUCUUAAAAGAACAACGUUCUAGAUCAUUCAUAAAAUAAAAUGCAUGGACACUUAGUCUAUAUUAUUUAUCAAGAGUCUGACCUAUAAACGGCAUUAUGAUCUACAAUACCUAUUCGUGCACAUAGCUACAGUGUUUUUAUCGUGAAUUAGUAUGAAAUAUCUAAGCUCAGGCUUGGUGCUAAGCUCAGGCUUUUGGUCUGCGCUUAACACUGUAGGUUGUAACUGGCUUUAAAAAAAAAACAACAAAGUUAGAAGAUCUUCGCUACACAUAAAGACACAUGCAAAUCUGUAAAGUUCGGAGGUUCGGGUUUAAACUGGAACCUGCAUAUAGGUGUUAUCAUGUAUCACACGCUUACAACAGAUACUGUCCAGCAGUCAUGGGUAUGUUCAUAGUCAUGCAUCUCACCAAAUUAUCUGUAACACUGUGCAACAAUGACAAUAAAAGCUUCAUGUUACAGUC